GUCUUGUCUUUAUUUUUAUUUUUUAAAGAUCUGUUAAGACAAAUAAUUUCGUCAAGAAUUGAUUUUAAAUGAUUGCCGUCAGGAUUGGCUUGGGUAUCCUGUGCAUCUUGUAACGAAGCAGCACUUUUAACACAGAUGGCCGCUCAAUGUGUGUCGAAGGUCGAGCUCUCCAUCUCUUGCAAUAAUCUGCUGGAUAAAGAUGUUGGAUCCAAGUCUGAUCCACUCUGUGUUCUGCUGCAGAGUGUCGGGGACGACAAAUGGUCGGAGGUGGAACGAACAGAGAGAGUGAAGAAUUGCCAGGACCCAGAGUUCUCAACAAAACUUCACAUUGACUACCACUUUGAGAAGGUGCAGAAACUAAAGUUUGGCGUCUAUGAUAUUGACAACAAAUCUGUUGACCUCAAGGAUGAUGACUUCUUGGGAGGCUUUGAAUGCACCCUUGGCCAGAUUGUGUCAUCUAGGAAGAUCACCAGACCCCUUCAGCUCAAGGCAACAAAACCGGCUGGGAAAGGCACAAUAACAAUCACAGCUGAAGAGGUGAAAGACAACAGGGCUGUUGUGAUGGAAGUAGAGGCCAAAAACCUGGAUAAAAAGGAUAUGUUUGGGAAAUCUGAUCCAUUCUUGGAGUUUUUCAAGCAGGAAGAAGAUGGGAAGUGGCAACUAGUUCACAGGACUGAGGUCAUCAAAAAUAAUUUGAACCCAUCUUGGAAAAAGUUUACUGUUUCCCUGCAUACAUUCUGUAGUGGUGACCUGAAUAAACCAAUAAAGGUUCAUUGUUUUGAUUAUGAUAGCGAUGGCACUCAUGAUCUCAUUGGUGUGUUUCAAACUAAUGUGUCAGAUCUGCAGAAAGCAGCUACUGGCUCCCCGGUUGAGUUCGACUGCAUCCAUCCAGAGAAGCAAAAGAAGAAAAAGAAUUAUAAGAACUCUGGGGUCAUCAGGAUUAAGUAUUGCAAGCUGGAGGCACAGUAUUCAUUUCUGGAUUAUGUAAUGGGAGGUUGCCAAAUUAACUUCACGGUGGGCAUUGACUUUACUGGCUCUAAUGGAGACCCCCGCUCCCCUGACUCUCUGCACUAUCUCAGCCCUAACGGCGUAAACCAGUAUCUGUCAGCCCUCUGGUCCGUUGGCCAGGUAGUCCAAGACUACGACACUGAUAAACUUUUCCCAGCAUUUGGAUUUGGUGCUCAAGUUCCUCCAAACUUCCAGGUAUCCCAUGAGUUCCCAUUGAACUUCAACCCCAAUAGCCCAUAUUGUCAAGGAGUGCAAGGCAUUGUGGAGGCCUACCGGAUGGUUUUGCCUCAAAUUCGUCUCUAUGGACCCACCAACUUCUCCCCCAUUAUAAAUCACGUGGCCCGUAUUGCAGCUGGAGCCGCCCAGCAACCAAAUGCAGCACAAUACUUUGUGCUGUUGAUCAUCACUGAUGGAGAAAUCACUGAUCUCGACCAGACCAGACAAUCCAUAGUGAACAGCUCCAAACUGCCCAUGUCCAUCAUCAUCGUGGGUGUGGGUGAGGCAGACUUUAAGGCCAUGGAGUUUCUGGACGGGGACAAUGGAGUUCUCAAAUCUGUGACUGGAGAACCAGCAGUCAGAGAUAUUGUGCAGUUUGUGCCCUUCAAGCAGUUUGCCAGUGCUCCCAAAGAAGCGCUGGCUCAGAGUGUUCUAGCCGAGGUGCCAAAUCAGCUGGUGUCAUACUUUAAAAUGAGAAAUAUGGCUCCUGUCAACCCACCUUCACCUGUCAAGUAGACACCGGUUGGGAGACUGAAUUGUAGGCUUCUAAAAGAAAUAGGAGUUAGUUAGAAUUGGUAUGGGCCACCACUAGAGGGAACCACAGCUCUGUUAAAGGAAGACUUUCAUUAGAGUUCUUUCUCAGUCCUUCAUAUUUUUCUUUUACUUUCCAAGAUGGUCAUUCCUUAUAUUAUUCUUUUCCAACUGGAGAACUUUUUAUAUAAAUGUCUUUUUUUUAUAGAUCUAUUUCUCUAUAUUAUUCCAUAUAUUUUUGUAUUAUUGUUCAUGAAUACAGAUGCCUUGGGUUUUUAAGCCAAUAUUUGAAAUCACUUUUAGGCCUUGCUUUGCUUUUUGAUGUAGUUGUAUGCCAUAUCAAUUGGGAAUGCUGUUGUUUCUGCGAUCUAGUAUUUGUCAGAAGAAAAAAAAACUGAAUGACUCCAAUCGCAUUCAAUCACUUUGCUGCAAUUAAUAAUCACAAAUAAUCAUGGUGCCAUAACAGAGUGAGUAGCUAUAACUUUACCAAAGAAAUUGCUGCAUGUUUUUCAAUAGCAAACUGUUCUAAUAUAGUGUGAAGCUAGAAUCUUUGAGAUUUGUUUUGCUAAUAUGUUAUCAUUGUUUUGAUGUAGUAUGAAUUUGAGUAGAAUGGAUUUUAAAAAUACUGGUUUACUUGUAUAAAGACACAGACAUUGGGAUCAUAGAACUCCUUAUCCGUUAUGCCUUUUUAUUUUGAGGAUUUUGUACAUUGUGUCAAAUACUAUUUUAAAGAUUUUAAAGAUAAAGAGCUGUUAAUUUUAUCUAACUCAAAUGUUUGCACCUUAAUCGCACAGUAAAGUUAAUUGCACUUCUCUAGAUCUAUUGAUUUUAGAAAUGUACUCUUGCUCUUGCCACGUAAAGCCUUAUGGGACUAUUAUCUUGUUUAAAGAAUCUUUUUAGGGAAUGGUAUUGUAAUCAUAUGAAUGAUUUUCUUCUUAGUAAUUCAACAUGUUCUUCAAAAGCCAUUGUCACUCAGUUACACCAAUUUUAGUGUCACAAAAAAUGCUGAAUAAAAUAAAAUUGCCUUAUUAACACACACAAGACGUGUAUGUCUGUCUGUGCAACAAAAAAA